GGUAAUAUUCUCUUGACAGGCAGGAUCCUUUUCUAGCCAACCAAUUGAAGUUCUAGAACAUUUUCAUUUGAUGUGCGGAAAGUUGAGCGAUGUUAAGUCUGUCGCCAAUGCAGAAAUCAGUCCGCGGCAGAGUGGUUAUAUCAAGGUGUAGGCAAGGUAGGGAAAUAAGCCAAGACCAGGAGGCUGUGGAAGUUACAACUGUAAAUGAGAUGAAGUUAGCUGUCACUUUUAUGCCUGUUUUGCAGUUUGAGUUCUUGAAAGGAACUUAAUGUUGAUGCUGUUGAAAGCUUCUAGAGACUGACUUGAUGUGGGGAUAGUUGGGUUCGCUUAUGACAGACUACUCUUAGCCGUCCACUGAAUUCAAUUUGCAGAAUCUGAAUCUGGUGGCCAGUUUGAAGGCACAUAGUUUUUUCUUUACAGAGAUCGUAAAAUUUGAGUCCAUUGUAUGGAGGAGGUUUGAGGAACCGUGUGGGGAAGACGGAUCAAUUCUUUCCUUGAUGUUGAAAUGCAGCACUGACAGAUAAGUAUAUUCUUGAACUGCCUUCCCCUAUCUCAAGUCAAGAAUUUUGAGCAUGGCUUUUGAAUCAUUCCCUUUCAGCUCCUUGUGCAUGGUGCUUUGUUGUAAGCCACUAUUUAUAUCGAGUGGAGACCAUUCCCUAGAAUAUUUGUAUAUAUAUACACAGAGGCUGGGGAAGGCUGGUUAUGUAAAACAUCUAAUAUCACCUCUAGUUCUUCCAGCUUUAGUUGGACAACAAUUUCUGUCCUUUCAACAUGAACGCAAAACCACAUCACGAGGGAGAUCCAAAUGAAGUGGAUUUCACAGAGGCUGCAAGAUCAUCGUGGUUUAAACCUAGAGCAUUCAGCAUUGUAUGGGGAAAGGAUGGUCGCUACUGGAAUGUUCCCACGGAUGGUAGGCCAGCUGAGCUGUUGCAGGUGAGUUGGCUUGAAGUAAGCACCAUCACCUCAUUGAAAGACAGCAUACAGGCUGGGAAGAAGUAUGCAAUUUCCUUCAGGCUGCAGAUGAAGCAAGGGGCUUUUGGUUGGAAUGGCUGCUCCGUUUACUUGAUGGGUAAGAUAGGGCAGGCGGGGAAGUACACAGCUAAAAAGAUAAAGCUGUCAGAUCAACCAGAGAAUGAUAAAGAGUUCGAGACAGAGAAGCUGGAGGUCACUGUUCCAACUGAUGCUACUGAUAUGAAGCUGUACUUUGGGUUGUAUGAAGUCUGGACUGGAAGAUGGAAGGGUGGCCUGCUAAUCCAUGGUGCCAGAGUGGAACAAGUUACAGAGUAGGGAGUGAAAUCCCCGUUUGGUUUUUUGUGUUGUAUUUGUUUACGCUGUUCUUGUGGCCACUUGAAAAAUAAAACAGGGAAUGGGGAAACCAUUUUUAUGUUCCUGCUCCAUUUUCAACGACGUAUUAGCUUGCGAGUUCAUCAAUGGCGUUAAUCUAGAAAAUUGACAGACAUUUCCAUUAAACAAAAAACAGAGAG